UUGAGCUCUAGUUUCUCAGAUGAAGACAGAUAAGGUCUUGUCUCACACACUUUUGUCUCCGCUGCUGGACACUGGCUCGAAAACCCGCCUACACUCAAAACUGGACCAAUGAAUCUCUCUCUCCUCUGUUCCGAAUAAUUAGGACAUUUAAAUAUUUCGGCCGGGUUCGGCUCAUGGGAAGAUUUUUUUUUUUUUACAACUUUUAUCGUUUUAUUUGACAUGUACUAAAGUAGUAAACAUGGACAGACCGAGUCUCCAGCGGCUAUUUUCCGCCUGUGAUGUGAACAAGUCCGGGAGGAUCGAGUUCGGGGAUUUCACGGCGGUUUGCAGGGAACUCAACGUCCCCGAGGAUCAUAUUAAAGCCUUGUUCCACAGGUUCGACGCGGAUGAGGACGGGUUCAUCGACUACGGUGAGUUCUCGUCCAGAUUCCAGGAGGUCUCGCAGACGCUGGACGUGGCGGCGUUUGUAUCGAGCUCGAGCCGAAGGAACAGUCCGUGGGAAGAGUUCGUAAGCAGAGUCGAUGAAGAGUCGCUUCUGUCCGACAGUCUCAGGGAGCAGCUGGCUGAUCUUUACCAGACCAUUCAUUCCUCUGCCAACAUGACUCUGCUCCAGGAGUACGAGAAGACCAUCCACACAUUGAUCAGUCAGAGCCUGGACUACAGACUGGAGUGUGAGCAGCUGGAGAGCAGCAUGAAGCGAGCCGAGGAGAUGAACAGCAGUCAUCUGGCAGAAGUGGAGGACGACAUACAGCAACAGCUCGUCAGAACUGAGGGGAGGGUGAGAGAAGAGGAGCGAAAGAAAAUCGAAGAAUCUAUGACGACAAUGCAGAGGAAGCACAGGAACGAGGUGGCAGACCUGCGAGCGACUGUGGACAGACUGAGUCAGCAGGACACCGAGUCCAGCCAAGCGAGGGAGGAGGUGGUCAGGCUCAACAGACAGAUCGGUAACCUCUCCAUCGAGAACGAGCAGCUGCGCUCGUCUCUGCUGCAGGCCCAGACGGACAUCGCCGUCCUGCACUCGGAGCUGGACAAGCUGAAGAACAUGUACAUGGACCAGAAAUCUCAGCAUGACAGAGAAAAAGAAGAUUUGAAGACGAUGUUGAUGGAAUACCAGUCGUACUCGAGUCAGAUUCAGAUUCUCCAGGAAAUGAACCAAACGCUGUACGACAGUAACGACGGGCUUCGGUCCGCGUUGGCCACUGAAGUAGUUGCAGCUAAAAGGAGGCUGCCGCCCCAAAAUGAAAUCCCCGCCCGAAAGAUGAAACCCCUCCGACAGAGCACGCUCAACCUCAGCAGGUCUGAGUCCGAUCCCACCAAAACCACGUACUCCCACGUGGCCACCUGGGCCGAUAAAUACCUGGACAGCGGAGUGUCUCUGCCCAUGGACACAGCAGAUAUUUUAGGCAGCGACUACGACAGCGACGACAGCGACAGAGGCUCAGCACAAACGGUCCACCACAGUUACUCCUGCGUUCCGUCUGAUGUGGAGAUAUCGGAGGUCAAAUCUGAGGCUACAGUAUCGAUGGCGCCCAGCAGGGGGACCUCCAUCAGGUCGUCUUUACGAAGACGUUUGUCCGUGUUUUCCUCAAAGCCUGUGGAGGCAGACGUAGAAGAGACCGAGGGGCCCGUGCCGAUGUACCGCCUGGUUUUAGCCGGAGACGCCGGAGCAGGAAAGUCCAGCUUCAUGCUGAGGCUGACGCUCAACGAGUUCAAAGAGACCAUUCAGACGACGCUGGGAGUCGACUUCCAGAUGAAGAGAAUGUUGGUGGACGGGGAGAAGACGAGCCUGCAGAUAUGGGACACAGCCGGGCAGGAGAGGUUCCGCAGUAUCGCGAGGUCCUAUUUCCGUAAAGCUCACGGCGUCCUGCUGCUCUAUGAUGUCACUUCAGAAAGCAGCUUCCUGCACGUCAGGGAGUGGGUGGAUCAGAUUCAGGAUUCAACGGAUGAGAAAGUCCCCAUGUGUGUUAUUGGAAACAAGGUGGACCUCCGAGAGCAGCUCGUGGGGGGGAGGUGUGUUAGCACUUCGCAUGGGGAGAAGUUGGCCAAGGAAUACGGAGCCUUGUUCUGCGAAACGAGCGCCAAGGAUGGAACCAACGUCGUCGAAGCUGUGCUUCAUCUAGCGAGAGAAGUCAAGAAAAAUGUGAAACUGAAGGAUCAGUCGGAUUCUCACGUCAAACUGAGUCAAUCCAGCCCGAAGAAGACUCUCAACGACUGCUGUAGACUGUAGACGCGUCGACAGGAACAACCGAGCAAUGAAGGACACAACGUUUUUUUUAAUUUUCUAAUGAAGAGCUGAAUGAAGAAUUGUUUUAAACUUUUUAAAAAAAAUAAAAUAUUUCAAUCUUUAA